CGUCCACUGGCUCAUCCUUGCGUUGUACUGAGACUUUACAGUGACUGACCCAUCAAACACUUUUUGAGGUUUUUGAGGCACCCUCCGCAAGAGCUCCCAAGAGACGGAACACUCGCACACUCUAACAAAGAGCACCGGCAACCGAAGCUGUAUGCAAGCAGAGCUCAAGCAGCGCUGAUGGUACCACUGCAGUAAAAGGCUUGUCUAGGAUGAAUGCCUUCCGCCACCACUGCUAGCUAGCUGGUUCUACUAACUCUACUACUAGUUAGCUCAUCGGAUACAUAGCUCAUCAAUCAAUCAAUCAAUCCAUUCACUGGACCAUGGUCGUCGACAAUAAUAAUGAUAGGAGUCGAGAUCGACGAGGCCGAAGCCGCAGUCCUGCCGCCCGAAGCACAAGUCCCCAACGGCGACCGCUUCGCAAAACCCAGAGCACUCCAGUGACAACGCCAUCAUCAGUCCCACAAAUGAAUGUCCCGACCACACCCAGCAGCAACACGGAGUUUUCAGCUUCCUUUCCCGACUUUGGAUCCUUGACGAGUGCCUUUCCACCACUGACGGAUGGCAGUGGAGCCUUUACCGCCGACGACUUUGAACUGUUUGGACAUCAGAGCUUUCCCGCCACCAGCAAUCACAGCAAUAGCAAUAGCAAUAGCAAUAGCAAUAGCAAACAACGCCAACUGCCACUGCGAGCCCCGUCCCGUUCCAUCAACAAUCGCGACCGACGAGGACGCUCUCAUUCGCCACCGCGACGCACCGUCUCGCAGCCAACACACCCCAAGCAGUACUACUUUGCCGGCCACGACGACGACGAGGACGACGAGCCGACGGAACGGCGUUCCUGGGACGAGCAACAAUUGGAACAGUCACGACGCAAAAUGUCACUGCUGUUGGGAGAUGAAAACUUUCCGGCGGCCGAUGUCAGUGCCUUUCUGGGAGACUUUGCACUGUCCUCCAGUUCGGAACACAAAUCGCAACAAUCACAACAAGUGGUCGACUUUUUAGCGUUUGUCAGCACACCCGUGGCAGACUUUCCAGGAGUAGACUUGGCAGCCGCCGCCGCCAAGGCUAGUAGCAAGACUCCUCCACAGCAACCACAACAAGCCAAGAAUCAUUCAAAACAAGACAAGAACAAUACUAGCCCCAAGGGUUUUUCCAGAAUACGAAAACUCAUACAUAUAGGUGCUGCCGCUUCGGAACAUUCGUCACCGUCAUCACCGGAUGCACGAGAAAAGGGAGAGCUGGCCCAAGAGCAACUCAAAGAUCAUCAAAGACGGCAGCAGCUCCUGGCACAACCGGAAUCACAAGCGACAUCGGCCACUUCGGAAACAUCCGCCACUACUACCUCUUCCCCGUGGGACACGCAAUCCACCAUGAUUCCCAAGAAGAAGAAACGCAACAGCAUCCAAAAGUUACGAAACCUAGUACAGCCAUUGGCAGGAACCAAAAAGUUUCAUGCCAUGGAAUCCAUGGGAGAAGAUAGUUUUCUUUCAAAUUCGUUGGAUCUAUUCUUGGAACAAGGACAGUAUGCCCAUGAAACAACAACAACAACCAUGGUCCGACCGGUACAACUACAACUCUAUCCAGCCACAACAUCCGCGGAACCGCUACUACCCACAGAAGCAGAACUCCACACAAGCACGACGAGCAGUAGUACUAGUAGUACAAUGAGGAAGAAGAAACUUCCCCGCAAACAUCAGCGAAAGCAACAAGAAGCACCACCACCCAAACCACCCACCACUACCGCCACCAAACAAAGUAGCAGCAGCACCACCACCACCACAAAAUCCAAAACCAAGAAAAGCCACAAGAAACAACCACCAGCCAAUGGCAAGUCGUAUUCCGACUUGCCACCGCUCCAGGCAUUCCAGUCACAAGGCACCGACACCACGGCCAGUACUAGUAGUACCACAGCAACUACUACAACAACGGCACAGCAGCAGCCCAUGGAAGAUGUCUCGGACAUGAGUCUCAGUUUGUCCGAUCUGCAACGAUCGCGAUUCAUGGAACAAGGCAGCUCGACGAGUACCGCCACCACCGCUCCAUCAUCGUCGUCCAUGUUGUCCUCGUCUCGUUCCACUGCCGCCAGCAAUCGGUCUAGUAAACGACCUGUCGUGGCGGACUCGAGUUUGGACCAACCCGUCUAUGCCCCGGCAUCGGCCUUGUACCAUCGACAACAACAACAACAACAAGCAGCAACGACUACUACCGAGCAGGAGGAUUCACAACAACACCGGUCGUCCACCGCCACCAUGUUGGACUCUCUGGCACUCGAUACGGUACACGAAACGUUGAAUGAAGAAUCCACCACCUCGAGACAUUCCACCGCCACCAAUUUCAGUUUCAUAGUGACGUCGUCGCCCAUGGUGCUACGAGGCAGUCCGCCAUCGUCUUUUUCGUCCAAACAUUCGGGCAUUCCAGAAGAUAGUCCCAUGACGACGCUCGUAAUGAUUGAGAAUCCGCCGUUUGCCGACAACAAUGAUAAUGACGACAAGCCACAACAACAGCCUUCAAAUGCAAAGCAUACAGAUGACAAUAAGGGAAAGCGACGGGAAAAGAAAGCAACCACCACGGCUAGUAGCAAGAACGGGGAAAAGAAAUCUAGCACAACCAAAAACGACGACAAGAAUGACGACGACGAUGGCAAGUCCAGGGGUAGCCGUAAAUCCACCAAGAGCCGAAAGAAGAGAUCUUCUCUCGAAAGCAGCAGUGCCACGACGACAACACGGAGAAAAGAAAAGACCACCACCAACAAGAGCCGCGGGGAAGACGUUGCCAACCGACGUCCUGAUCGUCAUUCUACUGCUACCGGUGCAUGCCAAGAAGUUGAUGACAACAAACAACAACAACGACGACGUAGGUCUAUUGUGGAUGGCGAUGCCUCUGUGGAGAAGCAGUCCCGAUCCAUGAAUGACGUUCAGUCGACAUCUCGACGACGCCGACGCGAUAGCAUGGGCAGCAGCAGCAGGAGUAGUAACCACCACAAGUCGGAUCGCCACCUUCGCUCUGCAGCAGCAACCGAGCACGAAAAAAAGAAGAGAAUGUCGUCCAUCACUGCUCCGUGUUGGGAGGAAAGUUACCAACGAGGAGACAGUACUGUUGGCAGCAGCGUUCGAAGGGAGAGGAGCGGCGCCUACGAAGAUCACCACCGCUCCAACCGGUACCCGGAAGAGCACCAUUGGGAAGAUCAUGGUCCUUUUGCAGGAUACACGGAGGAUGCCGAAAUGGCCUUUUUUCGAUACCUGCAACGCCGAAUGAUAGAACGCCACGGCGGCGGCGGAAGUGUUGGACCAUCGACAAGACAACCGUUUCCCUUUUCCGAUCACGUUGGAGGAUACUGCUAUCCUGGCCCUCCUCAGAGAAGAGACAUGCCGUCACAACGCCCUUGCAGCGACCGCUUGUUUUGGUCGCCAUACCCCGACGAAAGGGAUUAUGCCAUUCCACACGGAGCUCACAACAGGAUGGUGGACGGGUUUCCCAAGCGUGGGGUACGUCGUCGUCACAGCCUCAGCAGUGGCCACUCUCGAGAUUCCAUUGUCGACGAGAUCAGUCAUGCCAUGGAACGAGAGUACAGGGUCAGCACGUGUGGACGCUGUGGACAUGUCGUCAGCCGGUGCCAUUGCCAAGCACAUCAUCGUACUGUGGACUCGUUCAUUGGUGACCAUGAUGAUGCGGACAGUCGCAGCCACCAUUCACGGGGAAUGCAACAGAAACGCCAGGCUCGAUUGGCGUCGUCCUCUGGUAGUGCUGCGAAGAGUGUCUCCUUGUUUGAUACCUUUGGAAUCAAAAAAUUGGACACGUCGGAUUCCAGGGCAAAGAUUCGUCCCAGGCUGGACGAAGAGGUGCAUUCGAAUUCCCUGCCUUCGCUGGGAAGCGUUCCACUGUAUCACCGACCCAAUGGAUUUGACGUCAAUGAAAGGCUCUAUUCCACUCGUAAUGAAAAAGUCGAUGUUGUGGCGAAAGACACGCAUCUUCAUCGUGGUCGGAGAAUUCGCGGCCAUCAUGCAAUGGUGAAAACGCCGCCCACGGCAAAGAAGGGAGGGAAUGAUGAGGAUUGUUCGCUCCGAUAUCCGCCGCGAAUGUUAAGCCCCAGCUCAUCGGGUAGGACAAUCGAAAGAUCCUAUCCUGAUGACGAGUCUCUCGUCUCCUUUGCAAUAUGA